AACUCGAAAGGCUGACACACCCCUGUUUCCCCGCUGAUAUCUCAGCUCUGCCUCUGCGCCUUCUUCCACACCACGCCACCCUCCACACACCACACCGCGCCAAGCUCUGCUUUUUCCCAUUACUCUUCCCCGCUUUCUUCGCUUCGUUGCAGUCCAAGCCCAAGACCAUCUACGGAUGGCGUCUCCGUCCACGCCGCCGUCGUCGUCAUGGGUCAUCCUAGGCAGCAUCCCACGUGUGUCCACGGCGGCGGACGCCGCCGACGCCUCCGUCGCGCUCACGGCGCCGCCGCGCGUCUCCAUCCUCACCGUGUCCCCGCGCGUCUUCCCGAAUCCCCCAACGCCCCACUUCUUCCCAUUCGUCCUCGCCGCCGACCCUUCCGGCAUGCUCCUCCUCCAGGCCAACCUGCGCUGCACCCCGACCUGUGAAGCCAUCGACCGUCCCUACACCAAGUCCGUCAGCUGGAAAUUAGACGACCGGCGCUACUUCGUGCUCGACGCGACCACCUGCUCCGCGUUCCAGCUUCCCGACCCCGCGGCAACCAUCCUGCACCAGGCCCUCCUCGGCCUUGUCGUCUCCCCUGGCGGAGGCGGCCACUACAUGGUCGCGGAGCUCCAGUCCGAGCCCUACUUCAGUGCUCCCCCCUAA